UUCCCUCUCUCUCUCUCUCCCACUCUCUGUAAAAUGCUUGUAAACAAGUAUUGUACUUCUUUUUCUUCUUCAAUUUUGCAAAGAGAGAAUGUUGGUUUCUCUCUUUCAUUUUCUCCAUUUAAGAACUCAAAUGGGUUGAUGUCUGCCGUGACUGUGAGGUAUCCCAAAGGGAAAGCAGCAGACCUUGGGGAUGUCGUUUCGGCUUCAAAAGAGGCCAACAAUCGACCCGUUUUGAAUGUUUUGUUUGAGCCCUUUGAGGAAGUGAAAAAGGAGCUUUUUCUUCUCUCUUCUCUCCCACAAGCCUCUCUUGCGCGCCAUAAGUACACAGACCAGUGUGAGGCUGCCAUCAACGAACAGAUCAAUGUGGAGUACAAUGUCUCGUAUGUGUAUCACGCCAUGUACGCCUAUUUCGACAGGGACAAUGUUGCGCUCAAGGGCUUUGCCAAAUUUUUCAAGGAUUCAAGUGCUGAAGAAAGGCAACAUGCCGAGAAGUUGAUGGAUUACCAGAACAAACGAGGAGGAAAAGUUGUGCUGCAGUCCAUGCUGAUGCCUUUAUCAGAAUUUGAUCAUGCUGAGAAGGGCGAUGCACUUUAUGCAAUGGAACUUGCAUUGUCUCUGGAAAAGCUGAACAAUGAGAAGCUUCUGAAUUUACACAAAAUGGCUGACAAAGUCAAUGACGUGCAUUUGGAAGACUUCAUUGAAACUGAAUUCUUGACUGAGCAGGUUGAAUCCAUUAGAAAACUCUCAGAAUAUGUUGCUCAAUUGAGGAGGGUGGGCAGAGGACACGGUGUUUGGCACUUUGAUCAGAUGCUAAUCAAUGAUCCGAUAGCUGCAUGAUGAAGAAUUACAUAAUAAACUUUAGUACUAUCAAGUUUCCCUCCCCACCCACACCUUACCUCAUCCUUUCCCCAACUUUUCCCAUAUGAGAGUUUACUUCCUUAAGUAUUUUUAUAUUGGUUAUAUGUAUGGUAGUGGUUGGUAAUUUUUAUAAUGCUUUCCCAUAUCAUAUAUUUCAUGGGAUUUUCCUACUUGAUAAAGGCGACUAUUUUUGUUGAGAAAACGGAUGGUAAUGUGUAGAGAAAUUAUGAAACACCCAUGAGUUUAAAAG